CAAAAUGGUGCCAUAAUAUCCUUGUGAUACUAUAUUUUCAUCUCGAUUUGUCAUUGUUGUUUCGUCGAAGUAGAUUCGUUUGUCUUGACCGAAAAUGCUCAAGCGAACGUUUCAUGAUUUAAUUGAAAUAAAAAAGAAAGUAGCAAAACUGGAGAAGUCCAAAUCUGCUAAAACUAGUAAAAAGCGCCGCCGCAUUAUUACGAUGUCAUCUUCUUCUGACGAGGAACCUGCUGGUAAGCAUAAAGGUUCCCGCCCAAAAGGAGUGAAACGAAGCAAGGAACCGCCGAUGCCGAUGGCAGCAACUUCUUCAACGCAAGAGCCGGAAAAGGCUAAGCCUCCGGCGGAGUCAUCGUCGCGGCGCAAGUCGUCUGAAGCGAAAGGGUCACGGGAUGGAAAUAAGGAGCCGAAGAAUCUGACCGGUAUACAGAUACAAGAUAAAUUUUGGCGAAAUGUUACCAGGAACUUAACCAUUGCAACGGCGGAUCUACUAUUGUAUAUUAAACAAUAUCUUUUCAUAUUUUACGGAAGCAAUUCACAGCUGGAUAGACACUUAUACAUUACGCGAAAAAUACUGGAAUGAACACUUAAAAUGACUGUUAUCGACUGGUUACAAUUGCAGAAGUCAUUUGAAUAGCCUCUCGGUUGGUCACAUUGGAAGAGUAAACAGAGUCCUCUCCCUUCAAGGCUGGAUCCGCCCUUGCCCGGCGGGCGAACGACUGAGCCAGCAUCUCGAUCAUUCGCCCUUAUUUCCAAAUGAUUAAGCGCGAUUCGUUGCCAUGGUACUGCACCUUUGUAUUUGAUUCAUAAUUUCUUAUUAAGUAAUCAUUAACACUAAUGUUAGGUGAAAACUAUUUUGCAGAACAAUUUAAACUAACAGAACGUUUUUAGUUAUGAUAUCGAGAAAUUUUGUUACAUUUAUAACAAUAUCUGCAAAAUACAUCACUAUUUAUUAAAUCUAACAAGAUUUGAAGGUGCUGUGCGUGGUUUCUAAUAUGUUAUACUGUGUCUGGUUCUAUCUUUCUAUGUACAUGGUUGAUCUGUCUUUUGGACAUGAUUUCAAAAUUAUAAUAUUUUGGAGGAAUUGAAAAGUUACACACUAUUCAUUUAGUUAAACUAGGAUAUUUGGCCCCGUGAACAUUUACUUGACACAGAAAAAACAUGACAUGAAAGAAACAUUACGAGAGGAUCAUUUGAAGUGAUUUUGACGUUGACGGGGGGGGAGGGUGCUAGUGAGCAGUCAUAAUUUAGUUUGACUUGUGUACACGAGGACAGAUAUCCUUGUCGGUCUAAACUAAUUUUCACAAAUUGAAUGUGACAGAAAAUUUGUACUCUGUUAUAUUUUUUUUUAACCGAAAACCAUAUAAACUUAAAUGUUCAUAGAUAACCAAACAAAAACAACACAAUGAAAGCAAUGACACUGAAAUAUCACUAUAGAUUAUUACCAAAGCAAGAGAUAGGUGAAUUAUCAAUUUUUUUGUUUGAAUUGUCAGAAUGCUUAUAUCAAAAUGAGCUGAAUAUCUUGCAGUUGUUAGUCAAAAGACUCAUUUUGUUUGAAAUGUAACCUAAAUGAAUUUUUUUAAGAAAAAAUGUAAUUUAAAUUGGCAUAAUCUGGUUGUUUCCAAAAGUCAGUUCAAUCAGUGAUAUAAAAGGAUAGAAAAUAGAAUAAAUUGCAUGCAGAAGUACAGCUGUGUCUGGAUGGAAUAUUGCUCGUAUUUAGCGUGCAGCACGAUUCCUUGUAUAAUCAUUUUCUUAAUAUUGUAUGAAACUAUAAGUGUCGUAGUAUUUGAUUUAUGUGUGUAAUACUUAUGUUAAAAUUUAAUAGAUAUAUGUAUUUCCAAAAUCUAUCCAUUUAACUUCAUUACUUCAAUGGACUUAGUUUUUACUAAUCAGUUUUACUUUGUAAUAGAUAACAAUGCCUCAAGAUCAAUUUAAGAAGUUUAAAAAUUAAGAUAAUUUUUAGUUUAUGGUUUUGGUUUUGGAAAAAUAUGCAACUGACAGGUUAGUACUAAAUCUAUUUAUUUAUGGUUUUAUAUUAUUUUUGUAACAGAUAAACUUAUGUUUAAUGUUAAAAUAUAUUUACCUUUUGAUGUGCUUGAUUGUUGUUGUAUAUGAAUGUUAAAUUUUAUACCUCUUGUCAAUGAUGUUUGUAAGUUUUUUAUUUGCAUAUUUAUAAAAAAUAAAUACACUAAGACUUUUUAUCUGUUUGUGCUACAUAGCGCCGGCACCGGACUCCACCAGCGAAGGUGACCAGCCUCGCUCCAAGAAAGGAAAAAAAAACGAGUAAAGGAGUAAAAGCCUA